GAAUCACCAUUAAGAUCGAUAGACCUCACCACACUCUCAAUUCCACCUAUAAAAGCCCUUUAAAACCCUAGCUUCAUUUUAGUUCCCGUCUCAAGCUCCAACCAGCAGCUGUAUUAGCGGCGUGCAGCCUCGGAGGUCCAACACGCUAAAGCUCUAAUGGGGAUCGAUUUGAAAGCAGGAGGUAAGAGCAAAAAGACCAAGCGCACAGCUCCUAAAUCUGAUGAUAUCUAUCUCAAGCUACUUGUUAAGCUAUACCGAUUUCUGGUAAGGAGAACCGGUAGCAAGUUCAAUGCGGUGAUAUUGAAGAGGCUGUUCAUGAGCAAGGUCAACAAAACCCCGCUCUCUCUCUCUAGGCUCAUCAGGUUCAUGAAGGGAAAGGAGAGUAAGAUUGCAGUGGUUGUGGGCACAGUUACCGAUGACAUUAGGGUUUAUGAGGUUCCGGCAUUGAAGGUUACUGCCUUGAGGUUUACAGAGACAGCAAGAGCCAGAAUCGAGAAGGCUGGGGGAGAGUGUUUGACAUUUGACCAGCUUGCUCUGAGAGCUCCUUUGGGGCAGAACACAGUUCUCUUAAGAGGUCCUAAGAAUGCUCGUGAAGCUGUGAAACACUUUGGCCCAGCUCCUGGUGUGCCACACAGCCAUACCAAACCAUAUGUUCGAUCAAAGGGUAGGAAGUUUGAGAGAGCUAGAGGAAGGAGGAACAGCAGGGGAUUUAGGGUUUGACGUGUUUUUAGUUCUAAAUUGUGAGGCACUUGUUUUACUUUUCCCAAAUUUUGUUAGACUUUAGGUUCCUUUGGAACUUGUUUAUGUUAUUCUUCUCGGUUAUCAAUUAUCAGUCUGAAUUGUUUUAUGCUUGGGAAUCAUAUUUCACUCUUACAAAAUUGGUAAUGCUUUAAUUAAAUUUUGAGUUUUACAUUAA